AGGAGAGCCUUCAUCCUGUCAGAUUAGAAAACCACGUGAGUCUGUUUCCCUCUGAGGCCAAAAUAACCCAGAUUUGAUUAAAGUCCUGCAAACUGGACAUGGAGACGCCACAGGAAAGUAAGUACACCCUCCAGCUGCAGGUGGAGGAGCGCUGGUCCAUUCAGGUUCUGCUCAGAUUACCGGUCAGGCAGACGCCUGGACUUUGACUAGGCCAUUGCAGCACCUUGAAUCUCUUUGUUUCAGUCGUUCAGAUCUGCUGCUGUUUGGACCCGGAUCCCAACCCAUCACACCUCCACCGCCGUGCUUCACUGCAGCUCUGCUGCGCCUGGUUUCCUCCAUCUUGGUCCAAAGUCUCGUCUCUCCAGAGGAAAUUGUCCCAGAAGUCUUUGCUCUGCUAGCCUCAGUCUGGCAGCCAUCUUGUUUCUGACAGAACCUUUCCAGUCAGCUGUGCUGGUUCAUUGUCUUGACCUUUGAACUUUGACCUGCUGCCUGCAGAGUCAGAGGAGGACCUCUGACCUUCCUCUCUGAACCUGCUGCAGGUGUCAUCCGUCGGCCAUCUUUGUUCUCCGCCGCCAUGCCGACCACCGCUGUGGGCAGGAAGCUGGAUUUGUCCAGACUGACGGACGAAGAGGCCAGACACGUGUGGGACGUCGUCCAGAGAGACUUUGACCUGCGGAGGAAGGAGGAGGACCGGCUCGGCGAACUGAAGAGUAAAAUAGAGAAAGAAGACACCAAGCGGGAGCUGCUGGGGAGCCGGAGCAGCCUGGCCGAGUCCUACUGCAUCCGCUGCCUUCAGCCCUUCAGGUUCCUGGUCAACGUCAAGCGUCAGUGUUUGGACUGCCAGCUUUACGUCUGCCGUUCCUGCAGCCGCCUCAGCAGGAGGGAGCAGGGCUGGCUGUGUGAGCCCUGCCACCUGGCCAGGGUUCUGAAAAUUGGUACGUUGGAGUGGUACCAUGAGAACGUCCGGGCCCGAUUCAAGCGCUUCGGCAGCGCCAAGGUGAUGCGAUCUCUGUUUAAGAGGCUGAGCGGGGAACACAGCCGCUCCCAGAGCGACCCCACAGCUGCUCUUCAGCUCUCAGACUCUCAGGCUUUCUGCCCUCAACUACCAACUGGUGGCCUUCGCACUUCCUGUUUGCUCUUAAAAACACCAGAAUCACAGAUAUUACUGUGGCAAAGAACAUGUUUGAAGUCUAAGAUGAAGCUGUUUGUUUAACUUUGUUAAUCCUUUGAGGAUUUGUUUCAUGAUCUUAAGAACAUAAAACACAAAAAUCUUCAUUUCAUGUUAAUUUUAAAACUCAAAAGUUGUAAAAAAAAAAAAAUGUCCUAAAUUAUUUUCUGUUAAACUAUGAUAUUGCUUGCUUGCUUCGAACUGUUAGCAUAGCUUUAGCUAUAGGUUGAAGCUAAUUCUGCCAAGUUUUCUUAUUUUCACAACCUUUUAGCCAGCUACAACAGAAAAACUAAAUUACAUUUAAUUAAGGUCAGGUGAACUAUUUAAUCAUCUCAUCUAGCUAAUGCUAAAAGCAGAUAGAGAUUUUGUGGUUUAGCUCGUUGAGCUAAGACGAGGACUGUUAGCCUUUUAGCUCAUCUAUAUGAGCCAAUCAUUUUUCACCUCUCUAUUUAGCUAUAGCAUUUUUUAACAAUAUGGACAGAUAUAAGUUUUAAUUAUUUUCUUCACUUUGAACAGAUGAGCUAAGAUCUUUAGCCUAGCAUAAGCAGUUAUGUCACCAAAGCUAAUAACAGUUAGCUUAGUCUAUGUAGCUAAGCAGGGGCGGAUCUAGAAAAAUAUCUAUGGGGUGGCAGGAGGGGGGCAAGGAUUUUU